AUGCAGAGAGGGAGCUUUGAAGUGGAGGACUAUAAGUGGGACACAGUUAACGUAAACAGAUAUUUGCGGCCGGUCUACCAAAAUCCGGCGAUGGAAAACGGUGGGGACGCGGCCGAUGUGGUAUCGAGCGUGAAGGACAAUGCAGAGCAAACGGCGCGGACACGGAGCGGUCUAGUGAAGCGGCUUGCCUCUGUUUCAAAUCAGCUCAAGCGCUUGGCAUCGGCCUCGGGACAGAGUAAGGCAUCUCGGUUGGACCGAGCAAAGUCAACGACCGGUCAGGCCUUGAAAGGGCUCAAGUUCAUUAGCAAGGCCGAUGGUGGUGCUGGCUGGACCGCUGUGGAAAAAAGGUUUGUUAAGAUCACCGCCACUACUGAUGGAUUGCUGCUUCGGUCCAAAUUCGGUGAAUGCAUAGGGAUGAACUCAAAGGAAUUUUCCUUGGAAUUGUUCGACGCGUUAGCCAGAAGGAGGAGAAUGAGAGGGGAUGUGAUCGACAAGAAUCAGUUAAAGGAAUUCUGGGAACAAAUAAAUGAUCAAAGCUUCGAUUCCAGGCUUAAGACGUUUUUUGACAUGAUGGAUAAAGACGCCAAUGGAAGACUAUCCGAGGACGAAGUUAGAGAGAUUAUCAAUCUCAGUUCGUCUGCUAACAAUCUAUCAACUAUCCAGAAGAGGGCUGAUGAGUAUGCUGCAAUGAUAAUGGAAGUGCUUGACCCAGAUAAUAUGGGAUACAUCAUGAUGGAGAGCCUUAAGACAUUACUUCUGCAAGCGGAAACACAAUCUAUAAUCACAAAUAGUGAAGAAAGAAAGAAGUUGAGCCACAUGAUUAGUGAGAGGCUUAAACCUACGUAUGACCCUAACCCAUUGAAAAGAUGGUACCGUGGACUAAGAUUUUUCGUGCUGGAUAGCUGGCAAAGAAUUUGGGUGAUAGCGCUAUGGCUCACGAUUAUGGCCAUUCUAUUCACAUACAAGUAUAUUCAAUACAAGAAUAGAGCAGUCUAUGAAGUUCUAGGGCCUUGUGUAUGCUUGGCCAAAGCUUCAGCAGAAACUUUGAAGCUAAACAUGGCCUUGAUUCUGUUACCUGUAUGCAGAAAUACCAUCACUUGGCUUAGAAAUAAGACUAGGCUUGGUGUUUUUGUCCCGUUUGACGACAACCUCAACUUUCAUAAGGUUAUAGCGGUGGGAAUCACGAUCGGAGUAGGCAUACACUCGGGUACCCACUUGGCAUGCGAUUUUCCACGGCUAGUCGCUGCAACUCCAGAGGCAUACAUGCCUCUAGAAAAGUUCUUCGGAGAAGAGCAACCGAAGAAUUACAUGCAUUUUGUGAAGUCAAUGGCAGGGAUAACGGGACUUGUAAUGGUUCUCUUGAUGUUUAUUGCUUUUACACUAGCUAUGCCUUGGUUCAGACGAGGGAAGCUAGAAAAAAAGCUUCCUGGUAUACUAAAGAAACUGGCUAGCUUCAAUGCCUUCUGGUACACUCACCAUUUGUUCGUUGUAGUCUAUAUUCUCCUUAUCGUUCAUGGAUACUACAUAUAUCUGAGUAAGGAGUGGUACAAGAAAACGACGUGGAUGUACCUGGCAAUACCAGUAGCUCUCUAUGCAUGCGAGAGAUUAAUACGAGCAUUCAGAUCCAGCAUUAGAACGGUCAAAGUUGUUAAGGUCGCGGUGUAUCCUGGAAAUGUAUUGACGUUGCACAUGUCAAGGCCUAAGAACUUCAAAUACAAGAGCGGUCAAUACAUGUUUGUAAACUGCCCAAAAGUCUCACCAUUUGAAUGGCAUCCAUUUUCAAUAACUUCCGCGCCACAAGACGACCAUCUGAGUGUUCAUAUAAAAUCACUGGGAGACUGGACGAAGGCUCUCAAAAAAGUUUUCUCCGAAGUGUCUAAUCCACCUCCGGCCGGAGAUACGUUGCCUGAUGCAAAUAAUCCCGACUUCCCGAAAAUCAUGAUUGAUGGUCCGUACGGUGCACCAGCGCAAGACUACAAGAAAUACAAGGUGGUUCUACUAGUUGGCCUUGGGAUCGGGGCCACGCCGAUGAUCAGCAUUGUCAAGGACAUUAUCAACAAUAUGAAAGCCAAGGAAGAGGCUCAAAUCAACCAUAUGGAGAAUGGAUCGCGACAAGAGCAACAAAGUAAGAAAGAAAGCUUCAAGACGCAAAGGGCUUACUUCUACUGGGUAACGAGGGAGCAGGGCUCGUAUGAUUGGUUCAAGAACAUCAUGAACGAGAUUGCUGAACGGGACAAAAGUAAAGUCAUAGAGCUACACAACUAUUGCACCAGCGUCUAUGAAGAAGGUGAUGCUCGUUCCGCGCUCAUACAUAUGCUUCAGUCUCUAAACCAUUCUAAGAAUGGUUUGGACAUUGUCUCUGGGACAAGGGUCAUGUCCCACUUUGCCAAACCUAAUUGGAAAAACGUCUACAAACAAAUAGCCGUGGAUCAUCCUGACUCCAAUGUUGGAGUGUUCUAUUGUGGAACACCGGCAUUAACAAAGGAACUAAGACAUCUAGCUUUGGAAUUCACACACAAGACAAGCACUAGAUUCUCCUUCCACAAAGAGAACUUCUAA